AUAAAGCGGCCGCCCCGAGCGCCCGCCCCCCUACCCGGUGCCGCCGGCUCGGUCUCUCCUGCACACGCCGCUGCCGCCGCUCCGGGCCGCGGGGCUCGCAAGCCAAUGAGGGCCCGGACCCCGGCCCUCGCCGCUGCAGGAGCCGCCCGCAGCCCCCCGGCCCGACCCCCCGCCCGCCCGGCGCCCAGGACCCAUGCGGCUGCUCCAGGAGAGACUGCGGAGGUUCAUGAACCACCCAGCUCCAGCAAACAGCCGCUACAAACCCACUUGCUAUGAACAUGCUGCUAACUGUUAUACACAUGCAUUCCUCAUUUUUCCAGCCAUUGUGGGUAGUGCCCUCCUCCACCGGCUCUCUGAUGAUCGAUGGGAAAAGAUAACUGCAUGGAUGUAUGGCAUGGGCCUCUGUGCACUCUUCAUUGUUUCAACAGUGUUUCACAUAGUUUCCUGGAAAAAGAGUCACUUAAGGACAAUGGAGCAUUGUUUUCACAUGUGUGACAGAAUGGUGAUCUAUGUCUUUAUUGCAGCAUCAUAUGCACCAUGGUUAAAUCUUCGUGAGCUUGGACCUCUGGCAUCUCAUAUGCGUUGGUUUAUCUGGCUAAUGGCAGCUGGAGGAACCAUUUAUGUAUUUCUCUACCAUGAAAAGUAUAAGAUUGUUGAACUCCUUUUCUAUUUAGCAAUGGGAUUUUCUCCUGCUCUGGUAGUGAUAUCCAUGAACAACACCGAUGGACUUCAAGAAGUUGCCUGGGGAGGCUUAAUUUAUUGCAUGGGAGUGGUGUUCUUCAAGAGUGAUGGAAUCAUUCCAUUUGCCCAUGCCAUCUGGCACAUGUUUGUAGCUAUUGCAGCUGCAGUUCAUUACUAUGCCAUUUGGAAGUACCUUUACAGAAGCCCUGCAGACAUUAUCCGUCACUUAUGAUUUAAAAAAAAUAAUCUGCACUAGGCCUCCAUAACAGUAUUAUUUGAUGUAAGGAAUUCUGGGGAAUUGAAAAAUUGCACAGGAAAAACUGCACUGAAGUCGAUAGUUCUCUGAGUACAUUUACUGUGAACUGAUGUUAAAUAAUGUGUCCUGGAAUUGCCCUUCAUACAGUAAGCACUGUAAAUAAUCAAGGCACCAUAGUACAGUACUGAUAGUCCAUUCCACAUUAGUAGAACUGGGUUCCUGAUGUUUACUAACCAGAAUUUUUGUAUUCUAGAUUAAUUUUACAGUUUUUACUAUAUGAAUUUUUCUAAAUUAGUGAUUCAAAUUGUGAAAGUCAGUGCAAUAGCAAAGCUGUAACUUCUUUUGUUUUAAAAUUGGUUUCUACCAUUUUUCCACUAGCCAUUUAAUAAACGUAAAUCAUGGAGGGGUAGAUCUAGUUUUACCACCCGUCAUCUUGGCAUAAUAGGACUUUUAUAGAAAUUUUAAAUUGUUUUUUGUAAAUUUUAAAAGUACAUUUAUUGAAAUGAAAACUCACAACUGUCAUCUAUGCAGUUAUUCAUAUUGCAAACUCUUGCAAGAAAAUGUUACAUUCCAUAUACUGUACUGAUAAGCAAACAUUAUACCUCUUCCAAAAGUUUUAUUACAAGUGGGGUUGUAAGUACAAGUUUUUAAAAAUUAUGAAUUUCAAAACGUUACUUAGGGCUUGUCUACGUAGUGGAGUAAUUCAGAUUGCAGGGUGCGAUUUGUAAAGUGCACUAACACGUUAAUUGGUCCAUAUAGACCCAGAUGCUGCACAUGAAAGGCUCCCUAAUGCACUUCAACAUAAUACUGUUUUAAAUAGCACUACAUUAAAGUGCAUAAGGGAGCCUUUAGUGCACACCAGCAGGGUCUAUACCAACCAAUUAAUGUUCAGCAUACCCCCAUAGUCCACUUUACCAUCCGGCUUAUCAAUGAAAGAAACAAAGUGUUUCAGACAAGUAAUUAAUACCAGUCAAACAUUUUAAGACACCUCCACACAUGCCAUCUAUAGAGACAGUUGAAUUGAUUAGAGCAGACUUUUCAAAACUUGGCAGUAUCAAUGCAGGUGACCAGCUAUUAAAUAUCCCAGUAUUCAAAUUACAAUGAGGAAGCAUCAGUAAUUGUCCAGAAGAGUUAACAUAUAUUGGUGCUGAAACAUUAAGGCUGGGAUAUCAAAAAGAUCUCCGUGGAGUUGGGUACCAGUGACCCCUGGCUUUGAGCGGGUGUUGUAUGUCUAACUCCCUUAGGCCCCUUCAGAAUCCCAGUCGAAACUGGUACCUUGCAAUUGCUGGUAACUUAGAGUAUUUUAUAGUUACUGGUCUUCACACACUUGGCCUUUUAGUGAAGAAAGCCUGAAGAACUUGAUACAAUAUCUCUCAUCAAUUUGGGACCUUAAAAAGAGCAAAACUGGGCAUAGCAUAUUGCUAUUUUCUGUACAGGAAAACAAAAUGUAGCAAAACAUGAUUGUAGAACACAUGCAUUAAAUAUCUAGAUGUAGAAGCCUCACUGUAAUGCUGUUUGUCCGGUUAUAGUAUCUGUCCCGCUACAUUAUCAAUGUCUUAUAUUAAGAUUGACUCGAUCCUUUUUUCUAAUUUACUCAGUUUUUCAUGUCAGUGUUUUAAAAACUAAAAAAACCAAACAUGUUGCCUUUUUCAGAUUUUGUUCUGGGUAUUGCCUGUCUUCAAACAAUAGACUAGCACAAUAGGGAUGUUUUUCAAGGUACUAUUUAAUAUUUCAUCUGAACUUGCCAGUGGGUUGUUCGCAUAUGAUCAAAUCUGUACAUUUCUAUAAAAUUUCCAGGAAGGGACACUUUAAAAAAAAAAAAAAAAUCAAGGCAUGGAAAUGAGUUGCCAUACAGUGUUAGCUGAUGACUGGAAAACGGCACCACUAAAGCACCCUAGUCAAAUCUCUAAAAAGCAUAAAAAUGGAACAUCUGGGCAGACAUUCCCUUGUAUGAGAGACUUAAACAUGUGGAUGCCUGCGUUUGUUUUUUUUUAAUGUCUGUUUCCAUGUUUUUCAAUUCUGUGGGUUCAUCUAUUCUGUUCAAAUGCUGCACUGUUAAACCACUAAAAUCUAGGUAAGAGUUUGCUUUUUGUCAAAAAUGGAAAUUUUAGCUUGGAUUUGUUCCAUUAUCUUAAGUUAAUUUUCAUGGCCAGUUGUUUGGAGUGUUUAAUAGUGAAAAUGGUUUUUAAAUAUUUGAACUCGCCAAAAAUAUUUUGAAUUACUGUAUUCUAGUCUACAUGAAUUUGAAUGUACUAGACUGUAAAAUAAAUAAAUAUUUUGUGAAUUUGGAAA